GCAAUUGGAAUAUGAAAAGAACUCGAAGGGCCUAGAGAGAGGGAAGAGAGAGAGAGAGAGAGGCGAUUCGUACGGCGGAGUGAAUCGAUGGAGGGGGCUUUGGCGUGCCCCAUCUCGCGGACGAGGCUUCAAGUGCCAAUCCCUGGUUUCGGCGGCGACGCCGGUUGUGCCGCCGGCGGUCGCCGGAGAAGCCGAAGAUGUGCAGUCGUCAGAGCGGUGCAGGGCAGCAGCUCUUUGUCGGCGGCCAGGCGGACGCUGUCGAGCAGUUGGGACGUCAGCGGCGCCGGCGGCUUCUCCAUCUCGUCCGUCUCUCCGACGGCCCCGCGGUUGCCCAGGUUCGAGGAGCUCGACACCACCAACAUGCUUCUCCGCCAGAGGAUCAUCUUCUUGGGUUCCCAGGUUGAUGACGUGACGGCGGAUUUCAUAAUAAGCCAGCUCUUGUUUCUGGAUGCUGAGGAUCCCACCAAGGACAUCAACUUAUUUAUCAACUCCCCCGGUGGCUCUGUUACCGCCGGAAUGGGAAUAUAUGAUGCAAUGAAAUUAUGCAAAGCUGAUGUUUCAACUAUUUGCCUGGGGCUCGCCGCAUCUAUGGGUGCUUUUCUUCUGGCUUCUGGUUCAAAAGGCAAGAGAUUCUGCAUGCCAAAUGCCCGAGUGAUGAUCCAUCAACCACUUGGAACUGCUGGAGGCAAAGCCACAGACAUGGGAAUUCGGAUAAGAGAGAUGGUGUACCAUAAAAUUAAGCUUAACAAAAUACUAUCAAGAAUCACAGGGAAGCCUGAAGAGCAGGUUGAAUUGGAUACAGACCGGGACAAUUUCAUGAACGCUUGGGAAGCUAAGGAAUAUGGAUUGGUUGAUGGAGUCAUCGAUGAUGGGAAACCAGGUCUGAUUGCUCCAAUUGCAGAUUCAGCACCUCCACCAAAAACACGGGUAUGGGAUCAGUGGAAAAUUGAAGGCAGCAGGAAAGCCAGGAAAAAUUUACCCUCAGAACACAAGAUUUUAGAGAAUGGAUUUACUGGUGGACAAGGAAAUGAUGAUGAUAGGGGUACAGUACAAGAGAAUGAAGCACCCACACCUGUGUAAGGAAUUAAGCUGCUAUCUUAGAAACAAGUUGUAAUGUUUUCUUCUGGAAGAAAUUCUAAUUAGAUUUCUCUCAAAUCUUGAGGUUUGUGAUGAGGAAAAAGAAGUUGAUUUAAAUAUAUUUCCAUUUUUUGAGUUGUCUAGGA